GUUUCAAAAGAUGUUACGGGUGUUCCUGGUGUUUCAGCGGAGCUUGCCUUGGAUCAGCAGUCAGCUUCUGCAAGCUUGCGACCAGUGAGCAGGCGGAAGGGAAUGCAAUAGAGAAUGGAAGCUCUUCCUCACGGGGUAGGUGAGCUCCAGCACUAGGUAGUUACAGCCCCUUGUGCUGUCAAAAGAAGCACCAAUGGGGCCCCAGACAGCGAUGCAGUCGGUCUUCAUUGAUCUGGACAGCGACGAGGAAGCUGAAGCCAGCAGUGCCCACGAAGCAUCGGAUGACGGGGCACAACAGGCUGAAUUCAAUGUUGCCUCUGAGCAAGACGAGGAAGUAUUGGUGCUGGAUUACGAGCAGUAUAUGGAGCAGCAACAACAGAAGCUGAACGCGGUGACCAUCGAGCAAAACAAGCACGCUUUGGCUACCGUCACCAACACCUUUGCGAGCAUCGAGGCCCGAAUGAAGAGAGCCCAAGACACUGCCAAAUCGCUUCACUCCCACAGGGGCCGGAGCGCGGACUAUUCCGCCGGAACGGCCCGCACUCCGCUCAUUCCGGCAGCGGAAGCAGCGGAGCCCAUUACUAAAAGUCGGAAACAAAAGGCUGUGAAGGAGAGAGUUCGUGACGCGCAGACGCUCGCGUCCGGUACAGUGGGCUCCCCGCCGGCGCCGGCUGCAGAACGGAACAACAACGGACCAACGGAGCAGCGGAACACUGGAGCAGCGGCAACCGUGAAGAGCGGCCGGGGGACUGGAAACGAGAAACGGAAGAAGCGGAAGCGGAAGGCGACGGAUGAUGACGACUGGCUGCCGGGUGACGAAGGAAACUCGGAAGCGGAGCCCGAUGCGCACCCGGCGGAAAAGCGGACCACGCGAGCCAAGGCGCGCGCGCGCGCGGGCCCUCCUGCCGCCCGGGGAGACGAAGCGGGUGCACGCGCGGAAGAGCCGGGUAUGCGCGGGGAAAAAACAAUUGCUGGAACCAAACAGCCGGCUGCCCAGAAGGUUCGAGCCGAUGAGGGGAAGGCCGCUCCGAAGAGAAAGAAGAGAACAACGAAGCAGAGGGAUCCCUCGAAGUCGGUUUCCGGGCUAACCGCGCUCCGGGCUUCCAUUCAGGCGGCAAUCGCGGCCGGGAUCGCGCAGGGAAUGGGGCUAACGCCGCCAGCCGCUCCGCCGCGGGCGAAAGGGAGGGCGGCCGCGGCAGGGGCCAAGGCCCCGGCAAGGAAAGCCGCCGCGAUCCCGGUCCCCAUACCCCACCAGCCGGUUCGCACCGGCCCCUCUGAGAAAGCGGUCCUCGCAGCGACCAAGAAAAUGUUUGGCGCGCUUGACAAGCGGGUGGCCUUUCUGCCCAAGAGCGACUCCGACCACAAGAAAGUCAUGGCCUUGCUGGCGAACACCGGGGUUCCCAUCGUGGCCAUCCACAAGGUGCUCAACGGCCCCGCGCGCCUGGCCGCCUUUGAGGAGGAGGCGCGCACGCUCGCGCAGGUGCGCCCGAGCGGUGCAAACGUGCAGCAAUGCUGGCACGGGACAUCCGAAGACGCCCUGCUAUCGAUCCUCAAGACGGGAUUCACGGCGAGCAGAACCGUGCACGGGAAGUCGCACGGGAACGGAUUGUACAUGGCUCCCGGGAAUCAGGCUGGCACGAGCAUGGGCUACGCCCGAGCCGGCGCAUCGGGCGUGAGCCACAUGUUUCUUCUGCGGGUUAUUUUGGGCGGCGUUGAGCAGGGGCAAGCGGGGACGGACCUCCCCAGCAACCCGGACCUGUACGACUCCGCAGCAAACUAUGUUCAAAGCCCAAGCGAGAUCAUUGUGUGGACCCCAUACCUGUACUCCAGAAUUCUGAUCGAGUAUGUGAUCAGCUUUCGACCCAGGGUUGGGAUUUGAAAGGGAGAGCGACGGGUGGCAUGAACAACACCUUUGAGCAGCUUGACUUUUGAGUCAAAAUGUGAAAUGAAGUUCGACCAAUCUAGUAGUACAAAAUCGUGAGCACAUCUCAUUUGAGGAGCGUGAUGUUAUUCUCACGCGUUUCACUCCUUUUGGAAUUAGAGUAUCAACUUAAAAUGGCAAGCAGAUG